ACAAUUAUUCUAAAUGAUGUUUUUAGAAGAUCUGAAAAUGGCGGAUGCUGUGUUCCACACCCGUUCCCUGGGAGCCCCUUCCGAAGGUCUGAGAGACCAGUACGCGGACGGAAAGGCCGCCAAAGUGUGGGAGGUGUUCAUCGGCGACAAGAACUCCAGAACGCAAAACUACAAGAACUUCCUCUUCAGCCUGCUCAGAGAACGCGGCUGCAAGAGAAUCCUGGACGUCGCGUGCGGAACCGGAAUUGAUUCCAUAAUGCUUUUGGAGGAAGGAUUUGAUGUGGUUUCUGUCGACGCCUCGGAUAAGAUGUUAAAAUACGCCUUGAAAGCCCGCUGGAAUAGACGGAAAGAACCGCAAUUCGAUAAAUGGAUAAUCGAAGAAGCUAACUGGUUAACGUUGUACGACGACAUCGAGCAAAUCGUCGGUGAUGGAUUUGAUGCUGUGAUAUGCUUGGGCAACUCAUUCGCCCAUUUGUUGGACAGAUUUGGCGACCAAAGAGAAAUUUUACAAGCUUUAAGAAAUUUCGAAAAGUGUGUCAAACCAGGAGGUCUUUUAUUAAUCGACCACAGAAAUUACGAUGACAUAAUCGAUACUGGAAGAACUGCCUCCAAAUGCAUCUAUUAUAACAGUAAACACACUUCAGACAUUAAAACAUCGGUAUUGUAUGUAAGUGGUAAACCAGCUCUGGUCACCUUGGACUAUUUUAUCGACACAUCGUCCCAAUUUGGAAAAUCGGAUGAUGUCAUCAAUGAAGACUGCAUUAGCGAAUUUCGUCUUUCGUAUUAUCCCCAUAGGUUGGAGGUGUUCAAGGAUAAUUUAAGGAAAGCCUUUGGGGAGAAUUCCACUUAUAAAAUUUAUGGAGAUUUCAAGGAACUAGACGACAUUGAAACUCCUAAUUUUUAUAUCCACGUUGUGGAAAAGUCCAAUACUAUUUUUUAAUAAGUUAUUUAUUUAUUUAAUUGUUGUGUUCAGUAAGAUUGAUUUUAAUAUACUCCUUUAUUUUU